GAGAUGCCAAUCUUAUAUAGCAUUGCUAUCGCACUGCUCAGGUUGCCUUCAUCAGAUCAUUUGAAACAGAAAUCUACGGUACUACGAUAUUCAACGCUUCAAACUACUUCAAUCCCAUCUGCAGCGCCGAAACCUUACGCAUUUUCAUACAUCUAUCUAUCAUCAUGGAUCUUCAAGGACAGCCCAUCGGUCAAGGACCCCGCAGCACUAAGGUCACCACUGAUCCUGAGGCUUCUCGCAACCCCAUCCAAGAAUCCUCUGGACCAGUGGCCGGAGAUUCUCUUGCUGCCGAAUCUGCCACCAAGGGCGGCGUCUAUUCUCAGAACCGUGGUGCCCAGCCUCUCGGUGUGACUGGCCAGCAGUCUACCUUGAACACCAAGGACACAUCAGCUGCCUCCGAGUUGCCAUCCGCCCCAGUUGGUGCUGCUCGUGAGAACCUCGACAGACAGGAGAAAUACCCUGAAGCUCUCGGUGGCCAAGGUGACUUCCCUGGCCCCCAUCUUUCUACCUCCGGCUACGUUGGUGGCCCCACCGGUUCCAAGCAGCAGCAGCAAGGAGCCCAGAAACAGUCCAAUACCUCUCAGAACCAGCAGCGUGGCGCCGCCAACGCUAGCGGCAGUGGCUACCAGACCCGGUCCAAGACUGGCACCGCACCAUCAUAUGCGCAGGACGUGGUCGGUGACUUGAGCAGCAAGAAGCCCCAUGGCAAGAACUUGCAGGAGGGUGGCUUUGAUGACAGCAACAAUGCGAGCUUCACCGAUAUUGGUGGCGAGAACGACCCUGGCCGUCUCGCCACCAAGGGCUUCCAGCAGAAGCAGACAGAAUCCGGACCUACUGCCACACCGGCUGGCCGGGAGCAGAAGGGUGUCGACGACCAGCACUGGUACCAGCCUUUGCAGUCUGACCAGCGCGCUUAACUGAAUAAUGAUUUUGACGGACGGUAUGAAAAGCUCAUGAGCGGGUAUCUUGUGUUUAUUUUCAUCUCCAGCCUGCAGAAAUGGUCAUGUACU